UAAGUCAGUCGUAUUGAUACACACAUUAAAUCAGCUAAACGGUUAAACAGUUAAAAAGCUCGGUGAUGGAUCUUCUCCGCAUUCUAUUAUGCUUCAAAAUGUUUCUUCUGCUUUGUGCAGUUUCUUUCGGCUUGGCGUUGCCCAAAGGACAAUAUACAUACCAUCCUAAACCAAUUUGCUUCAAAGCUCUGCUCCUUUUCGGCUGCGUAGCUUUCAAUGGCUUGGCGCUUCCACUGCCGAACGAUAAAUCGCCGCCGUCCAUCUUUGGCGGCCUGAGUGAAUUGCCGAUGGUCGCUGCUGAUGGCGUCCAGAAAGCGAUCUCCUCUGCCGUUGAAUCAGCUUCGGGAUUUGCCGAAUCGGCCAAAGCAGCCUUCCAAGGGCAGAGUGAUAAAACAGCCGACUCGGUUACAGAAGCUGUGGAAUCUGGAAAGCAGGCAAUCACUGAAGCUGUGGAUAAAGCUAAAGAGCAAAGUGAUGCACUGGCCAAGGCUGUUACUGAUGCUGCCGACUCUGCCAAAUCAAUCGCUGAUUCCGUUGGAAAAGUUCAAGGACAAGUGUCAGAUCAAAUUAACUCUGCAAAAGAUGCCAUCGGUGAGGCGCUCAAAAAAGUCCCAGGCGUAUCGAACAUACAGGAAACAUUCGGGAAAGUUAACGGCAUUCUCAGCGAUAUUCAAAACCAAGAAACUGAACGCAUUCAAGAUGAUCACCUGAGCGGUGAAGUCAGGAACGCAAUACAGGAACAGCUGAAAUCACCGAUAUCGGAUGCUGUGGGUUCGGUUGGAUUUUUCUCGAAGAUCCAAGAAUGCUUCAAAACGUUGCCGGAAGACGUGAAGAAAGCCGUUGAUGCCGUUAAGGAAACGUACGAGGGAUGCCGCAAGGAGAACCAGAGUGACCUCGCCGGUUGUUUGAAUCCUGCAGUCGACACGUUGAAGAAGGAGUUGGAACCGCUCCAAACCAAUAUCAAAACGUGUAUUGAUAAGAACAAUACCACCGAGCAAUGAAAAACUAAAUUUAAAAAAAAUAUUCCAGCUAUAAAUAUGUUGCUUUGACAAACGGAUGAUGGAUAUGUAUAAAAUGUUAUAAGCUCCAAAUGAAUCCAACAGAAAUAAAUAGAAUGCUGUUUACCAAUAAAAGUGACACUACUAAAACCGCUAAAA